GAAGGUAUAUGCUCUGGGAGGGAUGGCAGCUGACACGACGCCCCAGGCUCUGGUGAGGGUUUAUGAGCCGGAGAAGGACCAAUGGCAGCCCCUGACCUCUAUGCCCACGCCCCGCUAUGGAGCCGCCUCCUUCCUGAGAGGCAACAAGAUCUACGUGCUGGGUGGGCGUCAGGGCAAGCUUCCUGUCACAGCCUUCGAGGCCUUUGACCUGGAAAUGAAGAGUUGGACGUGUUACCCCUGCAUCCCCAGCCGCCGGGCCUUCGCCUGCUGUGCUGCCACCGAGCGGGGCUUCUUCAGCCUGGGAGGGCUCCAGCAGCCUGGCCCCCACAACUUCUACUCCAGACCACACUUCGUCAGCACAGUGGAGGAGUACGACCCAGAACAGGGUAUCUGGAUCAAACCAACCCGAACCUCCAGGAUGAGGGUUAAGAGAGCAGACUUUGCGGCCGGAUGUCUCGGUGGAAGGGUCAUCGUUGCUGGUGGACUAGGUAACCAGCCGUCGCCCCUGUCGUCGGUGGAGAGCUACAAUCCUGUGAAGCGGAGUUGGGAGUACGCUGCCCCCAUGCCCAGUCCCCGCUGCUCCUGUUCACCCCUGCAGACCCCCAACAUGCUGUUUCUAAUCGGGGGCGUGGCCCAAGGACCCAGCAACGCCGUGGAGGCUCUCUGUCUCAGAGAGACUGUGUGACACACACACACGUACACAGAGACAGACGAAGGACUCAAUGCAAGCAAAUUCAAUGUGUGCAGGGGAUAGACACUCAUACAGACUUUGUUUUUGCCUUUGAACCUUGCAGUUGGUGGGCAGGAUCAAGGACAGUGACCCUGACACCUGUUUCUUUCAAUGGAGAAACAAACACUUUUCUACAUUUUAGAGACAUAAGAGGAGUCAAAUAAAUAAGCAAAAAACAACACCACAGACACACAGACACACAUACACACACUACACAAAAGACGCCUUUGAACAGUACAGCAUUUUUCUAGAAAAAAGCAGAGUACUUUUCUGCAAACUAAAGGAACUUCGGGCCAUAUCUGUUUCACUACAACAGUCAGGCUGCAGUGGCUUGUUUAGCCACUUUUCUAUCACCUUACAAAAGUAGAGAGUUUAGGAUAUAACAUUGGUGUAUUUGUCUGUGUUUUGGUACCUUCACAGCCAGGCGUGUGUGCAUAUAGCAUUGCUAUACACGUGGUGUUAAAAUCCCACACACCACACAUCUAGAAUGGCAAGCCAAUCCCUGCACUGUAGCAUCCAGAGACGAGUGCUUUGGCACUAAGAAACAUUUCCCUUUUUUAGAGAAAAAUAUAUAUAGAUUUUACCUCGAGCUUUGCAAUGAACAAUAUAUGAAAGGCAAAGGAACUAAAGGCAGGACAAAGUGCAUGCUCAGAAAGUGUUUUUAUUUCAGAUAAUCCUUAAAAAAAAGAGAGACGGAAAGAGAGAGCGAAAGAGAGGGAAAUUGGAAAUGUGUUUUUAAAUGGAAAAUCGUAAAUGGAAAGUUCACCGCUAGACAAUAUUUGGGGAGUUUUUCCAGUCUCCCGACAUAAUUAUGAGUGAUGAGAGGUGUUUCAGACAUAAUUAUGAGUGAUGAGAGGUGUUUCAGACAUAAUUAUGCACCAUAGUAGUAUUAUUUUUUUUUCAUGCCGGGAGAGUUUGAUUGAGCCUGCUGUCUGAUUUAAAAAUUAAUGGAGUCAUGUUUUGUAGCAAUUAUUGUGGCCUUUGUGUUUUGCCAAUUACACAUACAUGCUAGCAGCGAGUUGAUAUGGUUGGCCUUGUUCAAUAGAGCCAUUGGACUUGUCUCAACGAUGUUCCUAUCUGCCACGACAUUGCAGGAUACCUAGGUUGACAAAAUUUUCCUGGCUUUGUAAAGACUACAGCCUGACAGGAGCCCUACUUUGCUUUUCAAAAUGGCAUCGGUACUAUUUUCUAACCAUUAAUGGGAGCUAUGUUACCAAGAUGGCUAAGUAAUUACAAUGGCUGCUUCUGAUGAUUCCUCUUUCCAAGAAGAACUUCACGACGAAACCGUUUUUUGAUGUUCUUUUACAUACUAACAUAGGGACAUACUGCCCUAUCCAUUUGAGCCGGAAUACACUGAAGCCGAAUUGAGACAGCGAGAACAAGAAUUGCGAGACCAGCAAACAACGAUGGGGAGCCACGGUCAGACUCCGACUGGUGGUACCUAUGAGGGUGCUGUCCAGCCAUGCCAACAGAAGAGGAACGUCUGUGUUGCAACAAAUUCUCUUACUGGAGAAGGUCACUGCAGACCCCAUGGAUCAUGUGUAUGUGACAGACCAUCGAAGUUUCGACUCACAUAUGGAUUUUGGUAUGCUGGAGACGUUCUUCAGAACCUUCAAGAUCAAGUGGCGGAGGCAGCCUAGACCAGCUGGACCAGGAGGGAAAAUGACAAACUAGUAAGUUAUUUUGCUGUCGGUAGCUAGCUAAGUUCUCUUUUCACAUGAGGCAGUAUUUUUCAGCACAGUAUAAUUUUGUGAUCGUUGUCCCGCACAGUAUAAUUUUGUGAUCGAUUCGGCGAUGACAGGGCUUGCUAAUACCACAAGCCAAGUUAAGCUAACUAGCUCUGUUUGCUAUACCCAAAAUGUACUGUAGCCUAAUGCAGCUCGCUAGAUAGCUAACAUUUGCCUAGCUAGCCUCAGUAGCUAACUAGCUCAUGUGCGUCUGUGAGAUGUGUAAUAUUCUGCACCGUGCUGCUACAGUAAGAAUACAGACAGUACACAACGAUUGCCCAUGAAAGUCUAAUAGCGUUUUUGUCAUUCUCUUACAGACAAUACUGCUUGGUGGCCUACAGAUUAUUUUUGGAGUUUGUUCUACAUGGGAGAAGCUAGGCAGAGGACACCGAAUCCCCUUGCCUGCAUGUGUUGUUGGAGCCAUAUUAGCAAUUUAUCCCUCACACAGUGGACAGUAUGUUAGAUACAAAUAAGUUGAUGACUCAAGAGGAGAGUGUAAGGUCCAUAACAACAAUCUCCCCUUGUAUCAAAGUGACUCUGAACACCUCACUGCACCCCUCAAACAGGCCAUAUGCAAGUAUUCCCAUUGUAGAACUGUAGUAUUUAUUAUAGGUGUUAGUAGUAUAUUUUUCUUCUACUGUAUAAAUGUCAUACAAUACAUUGCCAUAACUGUUCCUGCAUACUGCUGUGUAAACUCACCUUGGUCUCCAGAGCAAAUAAACUUUGUCUGGAAUAAAAGCCAUGUCUACUUAUUUGCCACAUUGACAGACUAUUCUAUUGUUGUAUUAAAACAUGUUUAAUUCUAAACAAAUUAAAGUUGAAAUGAUGCAGCAACUUCCUGCAUCAUUUGUUUUAGCAGUAAGAUUGUAGCUAGUUACUUCCAAAUACAUUUAAUGAUUAUCACAAUGAAUUGAUCCAGAAGUUGAAGUCAACACUUUAUUGGUUUCUGAUGCAGCUGGAAUCAUUUAGCCAGUACUCAUGUAAAAAAGAUUAUAUAAAACAUUUGAUCAAACACCAUUAUAUACAAACUCAGCAAAAAAAGAAACGUCCCUUUUUCAGGACCCUGUCUUUUAAAGAUAAUUAGUAAAAAUCAGAAUAACUUCACAGAUCUUCAUUGUAAAGUGUUUAAACACUAUUUCCCAUGCUUGUUCAAUGAACCAUAAACAAUUAAUGAACAUGCACCUGUGGAACGGUCGUUAAGACACUAACAGCUUAGACGGUAGGCAA